CCUUUUACCUCGCUUGGAAGAAUGAUCUGACAUGCUGCACCCAUUACCAUCGUCUACAUUGGCAAUCUCAGUUCAACAAAACCCUAAACCCUACAUCCUCAAGAAAUGCAUUGCCCUCUUGCUCUCAUGUGCCUCCUCCAAUCACAAGCUCCGCCAAGUUCACGCCUUUGCCAUCAGGCGUGGCAUCCCUCUCUCCAGCCCCGACAUGGGCAGGUACUUGAUCUUUACUCUUGUUUCUCUCUCAGGACCCAUGUCUUACGCCCAAACAAUCUUCAAUGGAAUCCAAACCCCAAACAUUUUUACUUGGAACACAAUGAUUAGAGGGUAUGCCGAGAGUGAAAACCCGGGGCCUGCUAUUGGGGUUCACACCCAGAUGUGUGUGAACUCCGUUGCGCCUGACACGCACACGUAUCCUUUUCUCCUCAAGGCAAUUGCGAAGUUGAUGGCUGUUAGGGAGGGGGAGAAGGUGCAUUCCAUUGCGGUAAGAAAUGGGUUGGAGUCGUUGGUGUUUGUUCAGAAUGCUUUGGUGCAUUUCUAUGGUGCUUGUGGUCAGGCUGAGAGUGCACACUAUCUGUUUGAGGGAAUGUCUGAGAAGAAUCUUGUGGCUUGGAAUUCUGUGAUUAAUGGGUAUGCUGUGAAUAGCAGGCCCAAUGAGACUUUGACUCUUUAUAGGAAAAUGGAGUUGGAGGGUGUCCAGCCUGAUGGGUUUACUUUGGUGAGUUUGCUCACUGCCUCUGCUGAGCUGGGGGCUCUGGCUUUGGGUAGGAGGGCUCAUCUGUAUAUGGUGAAGGUGGGAUUGGAUAGGAAUUUGCACGCCGCUAAUUCGCUUUUAGAUCUUUAUGCAAAGUGUGGAAAUAUAAAGGAGGCAAGGCAGGUCUUCGACGAGUUGGAGGAGGAGAGUGUUGUUUCUUGGACUUCUUUAAUUGUUGGAUUGGCUGUCAAUGGAUUCGGAAAGAUGGCUCUUGAGCUUUUCAAGGAGAUGGAAAGACGAGGCUUUGUUUCGACUGAGAUCACCUUUGUUGGCGUGCUGUAUGCUUGUAGCCAUUGUGGUAUGGUGGAUGAAGGAUUCGCCUACUUUGAGAGGAUGCAGAAGGAAUUUGGAAUUAAACCGAAAAUAGAACAUUAUGGUUGUAUGGUUGAUUUAUUGGGAAGAGCUGGUUUGGUGAAGAGAGCAUAUGAGUAUAUAAAAAACAUGCCAUUGGAACCCAAUGCUGUGAUUUGGAGAACUCUAUUAGGCGCCUGUUCAAUACACGGGCAUUUAGAACUAGGAGAAGUUGCGAGGAGUAAACUUAUGGAAUUAGAACCUACACAUUCAGGGGACUUCGUGCUCCUCUCGAAUCUUUAUGCAUCAGAAAGGCGCUGGUCAGAUGUGCAUACGGUAAGGAAGACGAUGCUUCAAGAAGGGGUGAAGAAAGUGCCAGGACACAGUCUAGUCGAGUUAGGCAACUGUGUGCACGAAUUCAUUAUGGGAGAUAGAACUCAUCCUCAAACCGAGGCUAUAUAUGCAAAGCUUGCAGAAAUGACAAACUUGUUGAGAAUUGAAGGCUACGUUCCCCACACAUCAAAUGUGCUUGCUGACAUAGAGGAAGAGGAGAAGGAGACUGCGCUUUCCUAUCACAGCGAGAAGAUUGCAAUUGCAUUCGUGUUGAUCAAUACUCCACCGGGGACUCCAAUUAGAAUCGUGAAGAACUUGAGGGUAUGUGCAGAUUGUCAUGUUGCAAUAAAGCUUAUAUCGAAAAUUUAUGACCGAGAGAUUGUUGUUAGAGACCGUAGUCGCUUUCAUCACUUCUCAAAUGGGACUUGUUCUUGUAGAGAUUAUUGGUAAGCUGCAAUUUAUUGACACCCUGUGAUGAUGACAGGUGACUUAUUUCAUUCAAUCUAGUGUUUCCUUGUGAAUUUAGAAUCAAUGGUGUAUCACGUCUGGAUAUAAUUCAUAUGUGAUCGUUCCAAGAUGAAUCCAUGUAUACUAUUUUCUCCCAUUAA